UCCAGUUUUCUUCAUAUCUUCCAGGCGGAACGACCAGAAUUUUGCUGAUGAAGUAUUCCCAGAGCAAUUUGCCGAAGGAUUUCGUGUUCAGUGAUUUGGUGAAUCAUUAAAAAUUUGUGUUUUCUUGUAAUUUUUUUCUCUAGUCUCCAACAAUAACCAUAAAUCUGUCCCCUCUCCUGUGGAGUACUUCUUAAUCAGUUGUCUGGGAAUUAGUUGAAGAGAGAAAAAAUAAAGAGAAUUUUAUUGCUAUUUACAUUUUUUCAAUAUACAGUUGCGUAACGAUAAACUUUCAGUUUCGUGUGGAGCUUUUUUCUGCUUGGUGCUUCGUUUUUUUUAUAUUAUUAUUUGUGUAUUUCACUAAACUAAAAGUGACAAUUAAAACACAACGUUUGCUGGAAAACUGGCUUAUCGGAUCCAAUUUAGUGGUUCUCAGUCAAGGUUAAUGGAUUACCUAACUGUUAGAGAUUUCACCUGGACUGACUAGCAUCCAAAAUAGAUUUUCGUGUGGAUUUCAAUGGCAAUUGAUAAGAGAAAAUAACAAUUGGCACCGGAAGUCAACUUCCCCCAGCGAUUUUCCACAGAUCUCUGUGAAAAUUUUUCGGUGAAUGAAAAGUGUCUGAUCAUGGAGUUGAUCUGAGGAAUAAGGUGAGCUCAGCUGUGCCGGCCCUCUCAGUCUCAUGAUGAAUUUUAAUGGAAGCGCGGGAAGGUUUCUGUGAAUCUCUCACGCGGAAACAGCAAAAAAACUAAAUAAAUUCGAGAAUUAUUUAUUGUCUUGCUUGUGGUUCAAGGUGAUCAAAUUUUUGGCCAGAACAUCGUUAGUUUGACAGAGAGAAAUCUUCCAGAAUGCUGACUAGCGAAUGAGCUGGAGAAGAAUACGAAUCGCGAACCUCUUGGAGGCUUGAGCUAAAGAGUAUAAAAGUGUGUGGCAAAAGUGGGAAAGAUGCACUAUCUUUGGAAACGUUUUCUGGUUCUGGCUGUUGUGAUGUUUCUCCUGCUGUUCUUCAUCGUUUACGGUGUCCUGGGAUCAGCCAGAGCUGACCUUGGUCCCAGCAAAUCCUACAUAUCCCCCGACAAGGAGGUCAUCCUCGUUCACACACUCUUCAGGCACGGACAUCGAACACCAGCGGACACAUAUCCCAAUGAUCCCUUCUUCAACGAGACCUUCUACCCCUACGGAUGGGGUCAACUCACCAAUCCUGGCAAAAAGUAUCUUUUUGAAAUGGGAGAAUAUCUCCAUAGGCGGUAUGGAGAUUUUUUGGGUAAAUACUACCAGCCGGAUGUCCUUCAUGCCCAAACAACUGGAGUGACGAGAACGAGAAUGUCCAUGCUGCUCGUUUUGGCGGGACUCUGGCCACCGAAGGAUUCUCCCACAGAGUGGAACAAAAAGCUCAAUUGGCAACCAAUUCCCAUUGAAUCUGAACCGCUGGAUCAAGAUUCGCUCCUUCUCGUAAGGACUCCUUGUGCUAGAUACUCUGAAGCCGUUGAGGAAGUUUUGCAGUCAGCAGAGGUUCAGUCUGCUGUUGAUCCUUACGUUGAUAUGAUGAGGGAACUCACAGAGAUCACAGGGUUGGAUAUCAAGACUCCAGAUGAUGUUCAAUCCUUGUUUAGUACUCUCAAAGCUGAAGAGGAAUACGGAUUGAAGCUACCAGAAUGGACCAAAAGAUUCUAUCCAGAAAAGCUUCUUCCACUGACAGAGCUCAGCUACGUCUGGAAUGUUCACACGCCGGAAAUGAAGCGCUUGAAGGCUGGUCCAUUCCUCCAGAAACUCGUAGAUGAGUGGAAGGCAGCUUCUGAGGGAAACCUGAAGCCCAAGGAUCGCAAGAUGUACCUCUACACUGGCCACGAUUCCUCCGUGGUCAAUGUUCUGCAUGCCCUGGGAGUCUGGGAUUACCAACUACCGGAUUAUGCCAUCAUGGGAAUGUUUGAGCUGUUGAGAGAUCGUCCAACUGGGCAACUUGGUGUCCAGCUCUACCUGCGUAACUCCACAGCCGAACCUGUUCCUCUCACUCUUCCGGGAUGUGACUUCUUCUGUCCCCUGGAGAAGGCCUUCCAGCUCAUUACUCCCGUCUUGCCUGUCAAUCGCGAAGAGGAGUGCAAACCCAAGGAUCCCAAUUUCUCAACGCCUCCACCAAGUGGACCAUAAAUCUCUGUUUAAAUAUUAUUUGUGGGAUUUGUAAUAAAAUUUAAUGAAGACAA